CAUAACCCUCCUUUAUCAUCCACGUACAUAUACACUAUUAAUUACAUAUACAUAUAUGAACACCUAGCUGCUAGUUGACCUGUCCAACUUAAUUUUACACCUCCCCUAGCUAUCUAUCUAUCUAUCUACUUGAAGUCGACAACACCAAAUUUAAUUUAAUUAUGGAAAAGCAAAAAGAAGAAGCAUCAAUAAUAAGCAAACAACGUGAAGUAUGGGAUUGUGGUAGUUCUCUUUAUGACUCAUUUGAGCUCAAAUCCUUACAACAUCAGCUCAACUCAGCCAUCAUUAAUUCUUCUUCAAGAACCAUGUCAAUGCCUCACCUCUCUCACCACCGUCAACCACCACCGCCACCACCACCACCAUCCACCUGCACCAACAACAAAAAACACUCCAAAAUCUCUCGAUCACUCCACAAGUUUCUCCGGUCAGUUUUUAGGCCUAAAACCGCACACAAAAGCUUAUCAACACAUCAUGGAGUGUUUUAUGUCUAUGAUACUACCGGUGCACUUUCUACCAUCCCGGAAGUACCGGAAACUUUGCCGGAGUUUGAUGGGUUUUCGCCGGAGAUGAAGUCUUUGGUCAAAAGGUCAAGGUCUGACCGGUUUAUGUCCACCUCAUCAUCUUCUAUUGGUAUAUCAUGUGUGUGACGUACAGUUUUAUUAAACACAUAUAUAGCUAGCAUAGCUUGCUUAAUUACAAAAUGGUCAAGUGUUAUUUUUAUGAUACUGGUAUUAUAUAUGUUGAUAAUAUACUACUAUAGUUUUGAUA